AUGUCCCCACGUGCCCAACGCGCUGGGCGACGCGGUGGGCCCUGCUCCGCGGCGGGGAGCCCGGCGGCGAAAUCCCCUCCGGAGACAGUGGGGGAGAGGGAUCAGGAUCGACAGGCGGAGGAGGAGACGAUGGCAGAGUUGAUGGCGGGGGCGACUGCACACCUGGAGCCUCUUCCGCCCUCAGAUACCCCAUCACCUCCCACGGGAUUGGGAUGCGCCUCCCGCCAAGAAACAGCUGCGGGCAUCCCAACGGCGCUGGCGACGGAGCAGCUGAUGUUUAGGGCUGAGGUGCAGGAGACGUCGAGGGGCGAGGCGGCGGCGGCGGCUGCGGUGGAAAGGGGAAACGUCGCAGCGGCGACUACGUCGGUGGAGAUGGUGGGGGAAGCGGCUGCUGCCGCAGAGAUGCCAGAGGAGGCUGUGACGGCAUUGGGGCGGGCUGGCAGAACUGACGCCGUUUUUGGCGGCGGCUCAACUUCACGUUCUGCCAACCACCAGGGGGCACAACAGCAGACGCUGGAGCUGGGUCUGGCGGUGGAUCGGGAACCGUCCGAGGCGGCGACGUUGUCUGCGUCACCAGCGCCGGUACCGGCAGCGGUGUUGGCUGCGGCGAUGACUGCUGCGACCGCGGCAGGGAACCUGGUCGACGCCUCGAUCGAGGAGGAGGCAUCGGUGGCCGCUGUGAGUGCCGAAACUUCUGCUUCUGCCGAGGGCGCAGACACGCAGGAGCGCGACCAGGCGGCGAGCGGAAGACGGGGUCACGGGACCGGUGCCCCUGGACGCGCCGCUCAAGGGAGGGGCGGGAGGAAGCUCUGUGCCCAGCCAGCGCCGAGGCGGCCCGGAGCAGGGCUGGGGCCUGGCGCCCCGGGACCCCUCUGGGGCUGGAGUGAGCAAGAGCAGUCGCCACUAUCGCCAGAGCGUCGACCUCCAUCUGUGGGACAAGAAAGAGGGGGAGGCGACGAGGAAGCUGACCGCCACAGGCCGGACGAGGGGGGCGGAACGAUGAGAGCCGGACCGGGGAAGGAGCGCCGAGCCGUGGGGCCUGAGGAGGAGGACGCGAGGCAAGAGGGGGAAGAAGGGGCGGGGGCGCAAUCGUUGGCGGAAGGGAGGCGCUUGUGA